AUGCAGCUAGCACUCCUUGCUUCUCUACUAAGCGUAGGUGGUGUUUACGCCAACCAGCUACGCUUGGCUCGCCAUGUGCAAUCGCGAGGAGUGCCAGACGCUGCUCGUGGCUUUGAGAUUCAUACCAUCGAUAUGCCGAUCAACCACUUCCCCUCAUCCAGUCGAUACGCGCCGGACCCAAACACGACCUUUAAACAGCGAUACGUCUUCGACAGUACCUACUACAAGCCCGGCGGACCAGUAUUUCUAUACAUUGGAGGUGAAACAUCAGUAGAAAGCCGCUUCAGUAACCUCGCUAGCGGUAUCAUCAAAGUUUUGAUGUCCAGAACAAAUGGCUUGGGCGUAAUUCUCGAGAAUCGCUACUACGGGGAAAGCUUUCCCUUUGCGACAACUAGUACUGAUGAGCUGCGCUUUUUGACUAAUGAACAAACCAUUGCCGAUAACGCAUACUUUGCCCAGCAUGCACAGUUUCCUGGUGUCAAUUCAACUUCUAUCAAUGCCCCUCAGACCCCGUGGAUCUUGUAUGGAGGAAGUCUCGCAGGUGCGCAGACAGCUUUCUCAUUGAAGCAGUAUGGCGGUGACGACGGUGUUCUCUGGGGUGGCAUUGCUAGUUCCGCAACUACCAAAGCUUCGCAUACAUACGCUGAAUGGUAUGAUCAAUACCAAAGAUAUGGCCCUCAGGACUGCAUUGGCUAUCUGAACGGCAUUGUCAGCACCAUUGACAAAGUCUUUGACUAUGGAAGCGCCGCGGAUAUAAGAGAAAUGAAGUCACUUUUCGGGCUCGAAGCGCUAACAGACCAUCGCGAUUUCGCCAUGACAAUUGCGUUUCCAUUAGGAGGCCCCGACAGUUACCCUACCGCUACCUGGCAAGAGCUUAACUGGGUACCAGGGCACAGCUCAAACCAAAUUUUCAAUUUCUGCAGCAAUAUUACCAACGAUGAGGCCCCCGAGUCUAUACGCUCAGUAGACUUGGCGCUAUCCAAGUAUACGAAUGGUGAACCGCUACCUGGACUUGGAAACUAUGCAGACUAUAUCAGAAAGCAUAUUGUACCUCUGUGUAAGAGCGGGGAAAUCGGAAGCAGCGCCUGCUUUGGAACACAAAAUGCGACGUACUGGGCAAAUACAGAAAACGGUGACGACAGGAGCUAUCUCUACACUACCUGCACAGAAUCUGGAUUGUACCAGGUUGCAAACACUGAUGGUCCUUCCCUAGUGGCAAAUGUUUUGCAGGCCGAUUAUACCCAGCAAUGGUGCAACUGGGCGUUCCCUGAGGGAGAGUAUAAUAGUAUACCUUCCAAACCUGAUAUUUCACAAUGGAAUGACUAUGGUGGUUAUAGCGUCGAGGCUGACCGCCUUGCUCAUAUUGAUGGUGAGCAAGAUGUUUGGGUCAACGUUUGCUAUCACUCUCCACAUGCGCCAAAGCGAAGGACAACUAACGCAAGGGACGCAUUCCUCAACCCGCAUUACUUAAUUACUGGAGCAGGUCAUCACUGGGACAGCUAUGCUCUGCCAAAUCUAGAGGAUGAGCCGCAGUUUAUUCGAGAAGCACAUAAAUGGGAGAUCCGUGUGGUAAAGCGCUGGCUAGCAGACUUUGCUAAACGGAAACACAUCUCUUAG